GAAUUCCAUGCGAGGCCGGACAAAAACUCGGAGCUUAUCUGCUUCUCCCGCCUUGGGCAGCACCAAAGAAUUCAGGAGGACACGUUCUUUACAUGGACCAUGCCCAGUCACCACGUUUGGACCAAAAGCUUGCAUGCUGCAGAAUCCCCAAGCCAUUAUAAAGGGCCUCAGAAGUAGACUGGCUCUGAUCAAAAUCCUCUCCCCAAAGGGACAUUUUAAAUGGGAUAAUAAGUUAUUUGGCUCCGGAAAAGAUUAUUUUGGAGGCUGUUUUUUGCCCUUGGGUUCACCGCGCGCGCCUGACUUCUGGGAGAGAAGGAUGAAAAUUUUUCAGCACCUCAGUAAUUGCUCCUUCGGUCCGUCAUCCUGGAAGUGGCACAUUCAGGAUCCAGCAAGCCAGCGAUUGACAUGGAACAAAGCGCCCAAAAGCGUCCUUGUGAUCAAGAAGAUCCGAGACGCCAGUCUUCUGCAGCCGUUCAAAGACCUCUGCAUCUACCUGACCGAGGUGAACAGUAUGCUGGUUUACGUGGAGAAGAAAGUCCUGGAAGAUCCAGCCAUUGUGAACGAUGAGAGUUUUGGGUCGGUGAAGAAGCGGUUUUGCACGUUUAGUGAAGAUUAUGACGAUAUCUCAGAUCAGAUAGAUUUUAUCAUCUGCCUGGGCGGAGACGGGACGUUACUCUACGCUUCAUCGCUUUUCCCGAGGAGCGUACCCCCAGUCAUGGCUUUCCAUUUGGGGUCCCUGGGCUUCCUCACCCCCUUCAACUUUGAGAACGUCUUGAAUGAAGUGGUAGUGGACCGAGGCCCUUCCUCUUAUCUUUCCAACGUGGAUGUCUUUCUUGAUGGCCACCUUAUUACCACUGUGCAAGGCGAUGGCGUCAUCGUUUCCACGCCGACCGGCAGUACGGCAUACGCGGCUGCCGCGGGCGCCUCAAUGAUCCAUCCGAACGUCCCCGCCAUCAUGAUCACCCCGAUCUGUCCUCAUUCCCUCUCCUUCCGGCCCAUCGUCGUCCCAGCUGGAGUGGACCUGAAGAUCAUGCUGUCUCCAGACGCCAGGAACACCGCGUGGGUUUCGUUUGACGGGCGGAAGAGGCAGGAGAUCUGCCACGGGGACAGCAUCAGCAUCACCACCUCUUGCUACCCUCUCCCUUCCAUCUGCUUCCAAGAUCCCGUCAGCGAUUGGUUCGAAAGCCUGGCUGAGUGUUUACAUUGGAACGUCAGAAAGAGGCAAAACCACUUCGCCGUUGACGAGGAAGAAGAAUUUUGAACGUCGGGUACCGCCUUGGAAGGAGAGAGAACAGAAUGGAACUAUCCUUGUAUAUAAGUAUUCGAAGCCUGUAGCUGUUGGGAGUAAACCAACAUAACAUAUUUCCCCCUUAUCCAUAUCCAUAU